GAACUAUAUACCAUGUGAAGAAAGUAAAUGCUCCUGCCAUGCAUCUGUAAUCAGUGAUGAUCUAAAACCAUUCAGUAAUGGAAUAACACAACAAAUGAUGGAACAUGUUAAGUCUAAGGGAACAAAAUAUCAGAUCAUCAAUAAUCAACUUUACCGCGACGAAUACUGUAUGUUUCCUGCUCGAUGCCAAGGCGUAGAACACUUUUUAUUGGAAUUAUUACCCAAAUUACCAGAUGUUGAAUUUAUACUUAAUACCAGAGAUUGGCCACAAAUCCAUAAGAAAGGAGGAAUAGUGUCACCAGUUUUUUCCUUUAGCAAGACAUUGGAGUAUUAUGAUAUAAUGUACCCAGCAUGGUCAUUUUGGGAAGGAGGACCUGCUAUAAGUUUAUAUCCCAGAGGAAUAGGUAGAUGGGACGUGCAUAGGAACAGAUUAGGGAAAUUGGGAAAUACUACGCAAUGGUCAGAUAAACUUUCUAAAGCAUUCUUUAGGGGAUCCAGAACGAGUUCUGAAAGGGAUCCGCUUAUUCUUUUAUCCAGGGAGAAUCCCGAUAUGGUUGACGCUUCAUACACAAAGAACCAAGCAUGGAAGUCAGACGCGCUAAUAAACGAAUACACAAGGAUUACAAAAUCGACAUCUACUAGGAUUGACCUAGUACUUACAAAUCAAAAAGACAUUAGUUGCAAGGUGCUCCCAACUCCAAAGAUUACAGAUCACUCGAUAAUUGUAGCUGAUCUGGGUAGAAACAAUGAGACGACACUUACAAAAACCUAUAGAAAGUACAAUAUAAUGGAUGUGACAGGAUUUCAAAUGAAACUUAUGGAUAUGCAGUGGCCAUCAAGUUCCUCUAUAGAUGUAAGUAACAAUGCUGAUAUUCUAAUAACUAAUGUAUUGUCUGCACUCGAUCAGUUUGCUCCAGAAAAGUCUAUUAAUACGAAGGAUGUUUGGGGAAAUAAAUUAUGGUGGAAUGAAGACAUUGCGAAUGAAAUUAAAAAAAGAGAUCAAUAUUACAAAAAGGCUAUAUUUACUAAAACUGAUACUGACUGGGAUGAUUUCAAACAACAAAGAAAUAGUCGUAGCAAUAAUCAGAAUUACCAAACAAAAUUAUUAUCAGGAAAAAAUAGAUGA